UCUCUGAUUAAUUUCGAAGGUUUCGAUUAGUUUUUUUUUUAUCGCAAUUUGAAAAUAUUUUCGUGGAGUUCAAGUUUUAUAUUAAAUAUGGCUUCGUUUACAGAAGUAAAUGGUGAUCUUUUUUCAUGCGAUGAAAAAUUUUCUUUGGCGCACUGCGUUGCAGCCGAUUUGAAAAUGGGAAAGGGAAUUGCUGUUAAGUUUCGAAAUAAAUUUGGCAACAUGGCUCAAUUACAAAGUCAAAAUGUGAAGCCUGGAGGUGUCGCUGUAGUGGCCCAAAACUCACGUUUUAUAUACAACUUGGUUACUAAAGAAAGUAGUUGGGGCAAACCUACUUAUCAAUCACUACACAGUUCGUUAGUGGCAAUGAGAGAUCAUAUGGUGAAGAAUCGUGUGACCAACUUAGCUAUGCCUAGAAUUGGCUGUGGCCUAGACGGUUUAGUUUGGCACAAAGUAAGGGAUUUAAUACAAGACGUUUUCUCAUCGAAUGUAGUUAAUAUAGUGAUUUACAAUUAUGCUCCUAAUUCUAAUAAUGCAUAAAUGCUUAUGAGAACAAUACAUUUAUUAAAAAAGUU